UGAUGCAACUAUCUGAGUUUGGGAUCUUGUAGCCAAAGUGUAUAGCAACAUUAGAAAGACAUUUUUCAGCAGUGACCUCUUUGGCAGUAUCUGAAGAUGGAUGGACAUUACUUAGUGCUGGAAGAGAUAAGGUUGUGAACUUGUGGGACCUUCAUGGCUAUGUCUGCAAGAUGACAAUUCCAACUUAUGAGGUGUUGGAAGCUCUCUGCGUAAUUCCUUCGGGGACUCAAUUUUCUUCAUUUCUGAGUUCAUACAGUCAGCAGAUUGGAAAAGACAGAAAUGGAUCAUCAGCAAUUUAUUUUGUCACUGUUGGUGAGCAUUAGGAUUAUGCGGAUAUGGAACUCUGAACGUGCGAUUUGCCUUUAUGAACAAAAGUCCUCAGAUGUUACUGUCACCUCAGAUGCUGAUGAAUCAAAAAGAGGCUUCAUUGCUGCUACUAUGCUUCCUUUAGAUCAAGGAUUGCUUUGUGUGACUGCAGAUCAGCAGUUUCUGUACUACAUACCAGUUGAACACCCUGAAGAGAAGUUCAAGUUAGUACUAAGCAAGAGGCUUAUUGGGUACAAUGAAGAGAUUUUGGAUAUGAAAUUUUUGGGUGAGGAGGAAAAAUUUCUUGCUGUUGCUACAAAUCUUGAACAGAUUCGAGUGUAUGACCUGGAAUCUAUGUCAUGCGCUUAUGUAUUGACAGGUCAUACUGAAAUUGUUUUGAGCCUUGACACCUGUAUAUCAAGAUCUGGGAGGACACUUAUAGUUACAGGAAGUAAGGACAAUACUGUAAGGUUAUGGGAUUCAGAAAGCAGAAACUGCAUUGGUAUUGGCACAGGUCACAUGGGAGGUGUUGGAGCUGUCGCACUUUCAAAGAAGUGGAAGAAUUUCUUUGUUACUGGCAGCAGUGAUCGAACCAUCAAGGUAUGGAAUUUGGAUGGUAUCUCAGAUGACAUGGACCAGCCUGUUAAUUUGAAAGCAAAAGCAGUUGUUGCAGCUCAUGAUAAGGACAUAAACUCUCUGGCUGUUGCGCCGAAUGAUAGUUUAGUGUGUAGUGGUUCUCAGGACCGGACCGCAUGUGUCUGGAGGCUUCCAGAUCUAGUAUCUGUUGUUGUACUUAAAGGGCAUAAAAGAGGAAUUUGGUCCGUAGAGUUCUCACCAGUUGAUCAAUGUGUGAUUACAGCUUCUGGUGAUAAAACAAUAAAGAUAUGGGCUAUAGCUGAUGGAUCUUGCUUAAAAACCUUUGAAGGGCACACAUCAAGUGUAUUGAGAGCAUCAUUUCUUACUCGUGGCACCCAAUUGGUUUCAUGUGGUGCUGAUGGUUUGGUAAAGCUAUGGACAGUAAAAACGAAUGAGUGCAUUGCCACAUAUGAUCAACAUGAGGACAAGGCUUGGGCCUUGGCAAUUGGUAAAAAGACAGAAAUGUUUGCAACCGGUGGCAGUGAUGCAGUUGUUAAUCUGUGGUAUGACUCAACUGCUGCUGAUAAAGAGGAAGCUUUUCGUAAAGAGGAGGAAGGAGUUUUAAAAGGCCAAGAAUUAGAAAAUGCUGUGUUAGAUGCUGACUACACUAAAGCUAUUCAAAUAGCAUUUGAACUCCGCAGACCUCAUAAACUUUUUGAGUUAUUUGCUGAACUAUGCGGGAAGAGGGGAGUUGACUAUCAGAUGGAGAAAGCCUUACUUGCUAUUGGUAAGGAAGAAUUUCGUCUACUUCUCGAGUAUGUUCGCGAAUGGAAUACAAAGCCGAAGCUGUGUCAUGUUGCACAAUAUGUGCUCUUUCAAGUUUUCAACAUCCUUCCUCCGACACAGAUUCUAGAGAUUGGAGGGAUCGAGGAGUUUCUUGAAGGUCUUAUACCAUACUCCCAGAGGCAUUUCAGCAGGAUAGACCGACUAGUUAGAAGCACAUUUUUGGUGGACUACACUUUGACAGGAAUGUCAGUUAUUGAGCCUAAUAUUCAAGCUGCAGAACCAAAGGAGUUGUCCCAUAUACCCACUAAUGUUAAGGAUGAUGACAUCGUUCUUUUAUCAGAACAAGCUGAGAAAGAGCAACAGCAGACUCCUGAAAUGUUGAAAGAGAGAACAAGUUCAAAGAAACGGAAAUCAAAGCGAGCCAACAAACCUAGUGAUAGAUCACAUAAGAAAGUUAAGGGUGCAGCUUCUACAAGCGCAGCAGCAAUUCCAUUACAGGCAUAGAACAGUUCAUUCCUGUAGUGUACCUUUUGAUUAUUUCUUAGAACUGGGCUAUUAAUUUUAUUGGAGAGGAUGCAAUUUUGACCAUGUAAAUUGUAGAAAAUAUCUUCCAAUUUUCCCUCCAAAGAACUCUCCAGUAUUCUCUGAAUGGCUCCAUUUAUUUAAUUUUUUUUUAUCACUUUGUAUCUGAACAUUGUAUGCUAAAUUUUGUUUGUAUAAGAGAGAUUUAGCAA